AUGAGAUCUGAGGAGGCAAGAUAAGAGAUAAGCUUACAUGUAUGGAUACUCAGAUAUGGAUGACAGGAUUUCUGUUGGGAUUAAUCCCAUUGCUUAAAUGGGUGCUCAGAUCCUUUAAUCACUGGUGGUAUUGUUACCCACAUUUUAAAUCCAAUACAGGAGGACAGCUUCCUCCUGGUGAUAUGGGAUGGCCUAUUGUUGGAGAGCUGCUGAGCUUUUUAUGGUAUUUCAAGUUCACUGGCAAACCAGAUGAUUUUAUAUGGAAGAGAUUUGCUAAAUAUGGAAAUACUGGGAUCUAUAGAACCCAUAUGUUUAGCUUCCCUGCAAUUAUAACAUGCUCUCCAGAGUUCAACAAGUUUGUGAUGGGGAGAGGCACAGAAGAUGGAAGCUUUGUUGCAGGUUGGCCAUGUCCUAAACUGCUUGGAGAACAGUCAAUCACCAUGGUCGAAGGAGAACAACACAAGCGUAUGAGACGCUCUUUACUCGAAGCCGUUAACAGUCCCAAGUCUCUGCAAAAUAUUUUCAUCAAACUACAGCCUGUAUUCAAGGAAACCUUCGAAAACUGGGCUGUUAAGGGCGAAAUCCAUACUGCUGAUGAACUCAAAUCUUUGGCAUUCGGCAACAUAUGCUCUUUAUUCCUGAGCUUUGAGAGGAGCCCCAUGGUUGAAAGCAUGGAGAAGAUGUACAGAGGCCUCUUAUCUGGUCUUAGAGCCCAUCCAAUUAAUAUUCCAGGAUCUGCAUUUCAUUUCGCUCUUAAGUGCAGAAGAAGGUUAUCAGCUAUUGUAUGUUCUGAAAUACAUAGUAGGAAAGUGAACAAGGAGAAUAUGAUGGCAGAUUUUUUAUCAAAUUUGAUGGAUUUAGUGGACUUCAAUGGUAAAAAAUUGAAUGAAGAAGAAAUUGUUGAUAACCUAACUUCCAUGCUUUUAGCCGGAUAUGAGUCCACUGCGAGCUCAAUGAUAUGGGCUAUUUAUUACUUGUCUAAAUACCCCAAUGUUCUUUCUAAAUUAAAGGAGGAAAAUUUUACCAUCAAAAAGGAGAAGGGAGAGGAUAAGUUUCUGAAUUACAAUGAUGUCAAGAAAAUGACAUAUACUUUAAAGGUGGUGGAUGAAGUUAUUAGACUUGCAAAUGUAGCAAAUUUUAUGUUUAGAACAGUGUCAAAAGACACUAAAUUUAAAGGUUACAAGUUUCCAAAAGGAUGGAAAGUAAUAGUUUGGCUUCGCUCACUCCAUGUGGAUCCUCAAUACUUUAAAGAUCCUUUAACAUUUAAUCCUGAUAGAUGGGAUGAGUUUAACUUAAGCUCUGGAGUUUAUAAUGUGUUUGGUCACGGUUCUAGGCAAUGCCCUGGAAAUAACCUUGCUAAAAUGCAACUACUAAUAUUCUUACACCAAAUAUGUGUUGACUAUAAGUGGCAUCUUGUAAAUCCCAAUGAAGCUACCAAGUUCUUACCAAAUCCGAGACUAGCAAAUGGAGCAAAAAUAAUAUUUAGCCAUGUCUAAAUAAUUAUGAUGCAUCUCUAACAUAUGUCUAUGGAUGAAUUGGUCGAAAAUCAAAAUAUACUCCUUUAGGCAUAUUUUUAGGACAUGACUUUUUCUUAUGGCUUUUGGAAAAUAUAUAAUUAUUGAAAAGCCAAUGGUAGGAUCAAAAGUUAUGAUCCUAAGGAUUUUUGCUAUCAAAAUAUCUUUUUGAGAGAAUUUACACUUACCAGAAUAUUCUUGGGCGAUUACAUAUUCUAGAUAAAGAAUGUGGAUGAGGGUUACAAUAGAUAGUUUAGAAGUGAAGAUUGUGGCUCUGAUUUACAAAUUUUGCUAAUUAGAAAGGCCAUA